AUGGAGGUUGAUGUGCCCAACCAGUUUGCGGAGCACGUGAAAGAAGUACGCGAACAGAAGAACAAACCGAAGAUUGACUUCAAUUCUGAGGAUUUCAAGAGAGAUCCGGCGUCUUUCAUGACAUCGGGAAGUAGUGGCGUCAGCAUGGCCUUCGUUCAAUUAGACGUGAAGUGGGCCAUGGAGCACGGCAAGCAUGACACCACGAGCCUGGCGAGAAGCUGGACGAGCCUUCUGGAGAGUGGAGGAGUUACGGCUCAGAUCUACGACACUGAUCCGGGCUCCAUUCUAAUCGUGAACAAGAUCCCAGCGCAGAACAUCAAGAUCAAAGAGUUUGUGCUGUCUCAGCCGAACGUGGACUAUUAUGAGCUGAACCAAAAACGCUUCUUCCCCAGUGGCCGGACGGCACCGCUUGUCACAGAUGAGGAGCGCAAAGAGAGGUUGGCGACGUUGCCUGGUCGCUUGGGGGCCCCGAAGCCGAAACCCACGUACAAGCCUGCCGAGGAGGUAAAAACAGGCAAAGGGAAGAAGCUCUGA